AUGCUCUUCUUCCUCCCCCUUUUUGCCCUCCUCCCUGCCAUUUUGGCGGAUACCGUCUCCCUCGCCCUUCCCCUAGCGGCCCAGAACCCAUCUGUCGCUCUCGCUGGCAAACCCUACUCCUUCAACGUCUCGCACGAGACCUUCACUACCGAUUCCUCGGUUCUCACCUACUCUACCGCCAAUCUCCCCUCUUGGCUCACAUUUGACUCGGCGAGCCUCUGCUUCUACGGUACGGCGCCUGCGCUCGAGACCGCCACGUCUGGCUUGACGCGGACGAUCCGCCUCACCGCCACCACGGCGGACGGACACGCCUCGUCGGACUCCUUCCCGCUCACCGUCGAGUCGAGCCAGGGGGUCACUCUCCUCAAUCCCCUUGGCGAUCAGUUCAAGGCUGGCGAUCCGGCCAUCACCUCGGCGUACGGCCUCUAUCCCCUCUCGCCCCUCUUCCCGGGCAUCCGCGUCCCGCCAGGAUGGUCCUUCUCGGUCGGCUUCCUCCCGGUCUUCCAGGCGGUCAAUAAGCGUAAGGUGUACUACCUCGCUACCCAGCCUGAUGGCUCGGCUCUCCCGGAGUGGCUGCAUUUCAACAACAACACCAUUACCUUUGACGGGAUCACCCCGUCACCGGCCGCACUAGAACGCAAGGGGUCAGACGGGGUGUUCAAAGUCCGGCUCUGGGGAUCGGACGUCCGCGGGAUCAUGGACCAGUACCAGGACUUUACGAUCCGCGUCGCCACCAAGACGAUCGAGCAGGUCCGGCCGCUUGCUAUGAACCUCACGGCGGGGUACCCCCUCACGGAGCCCAUCGACCUCUUCUCGGCGUUCCGGAUCUCGGGCCGCCAGCUCGCUCGGUCGGAUCUCGCCGCUUUUGAUGUCGACGGUACGGCGUACAGCAUCAACCUGGACAACAGUACCAUCUCGGGCUCCCCUCCUGCAGGGUACGGCGGACGCGUCGAGACCAUCUACAUGUCGAUGAUGAGCCAGGACGGGGACGCCAUCAACACCACAUUGAGCGUCACGUACUUUGGCGCAUUCUUUACCGGCGACAAGCUCGGUCCCGUCCAUGUCGUUCCUGGCGAUCGGAUCAACAUCCCCAUCACCCGAUUCCUCGCCAAUCGGACGUCCUCGUACGACGUCAACGCGACGUUCGAGCCAGCGCAGGCGUCGAGCUGGGUCUCACUUGACGAGACGCAGAUGGCGAUCACUGGCGAUGUCCCGUCCGACUCGGGCAUCCAGAACGUCACGGUCCACCUGACCGCGCUGGACAAGGAGCACGGAACCAAGUCGUACGCCGCGCUCGUCCUCAACAUGUCGGACAAGGAGGAAGCGACCGUGGCCGAGGGGAAGAGCAAGGGAGGGCUAAGCGGGGCGGUGAUUGGCGGGAUCGUCGCGGCGGUACUGCUCAACGUGAUAUUGGCGCUGGUGUUCUUGUGGAUGUGGAUGAAGCGGAGACAGAGGCGGCAAGCGGGUGAAGCAGGGGAGAAGGCGGAGGGGUAUGAUGACGAUACCGACGUCAACCAGGACCCGGAGCGAUUUGCGGCGGGGCCAAUUUACCGCCCGGAGAGCUUUAUGGAGGUGCAGGAUGAGAAUGCGGUGGCGGAGGAGAAUGAGCGGGGACCGGGGGAGCCGACGAUGGUACCCUUGGCUGGCGAAAAGGCGGGCAAGAUGGGUCCAGGAUGGCACAAGCGUACUUCGACGGUGCCGACCACGGUCCUCAUGACGGCUCUCGCACACGACCUACAGCCGGCCUCACCCGGCUUCGCGCCUGGCACACCCAACAGCCAAAUCACUCGUCAGACCGACUCGCCCGGAUCUAUCGCUUCGGCCGCAUCCAAGGCUCGCAAGUUCCUCGCCAACCCCUUCAUCGCUACCAAAGUCCGUCAGGUCCCGGUCAUCUCCAACCCCAUUCUCCACCCUAGCUUCUCGAACGCCGCUUUCCAGGCUUCUCUGGCUGUCGCUGUCGAUGCCAAGGGGAUCGUCUCGCGCGGCGGAACCUUUGACGAGGAGGGAAUGGGCAGAGGCGCGCCCACCGCCACCACGACCAUCUCGGAGUUCACACCCAGCGGGACAUAUGUCGGCGACCAGACCUAUGGGGCCAGCACCGCCUUUACCAACGGCUACACCACCUCCGGCGGCGAGGGUGAGGGCGAGACGGACUUUGACCGCCCGACGUCCGAGUACACAGCCCGGUACACCACCACCGACGUCACCGGGAGCGAGGGCUUCGAGGUUGGCCGUGAUGCUGCGGAGAGCGGUCACGCCAGCGCCGCCGGCGAUUCCAGCGUGGUGGGUAAGCGAGGGAGCGGGGAGAGCGGAGAGGAGUGGAAGUCCAACAAGGAUAGCGACCGAGCCAGCUGGGAGAGCGGAGCGCCAUUCGUCUGGAACACUGAAGUCGGAGGCGGCGUUGGCACGGAGGCAGCUGAGGAGUCGGAGGAGGAUAAUGGGAUGGAGAGCAGGCGAGGCAGUACCCAGGCUGAGACGACCGAGUAUGGCUGGACUGAAGAAGGAGGCAUGACUGAGGAGACGUUCGACUCGGACCCGCCAGUCCAGCGGUCCGACUUCCGCCCUCGCUCAGACUCUUCGAGCGGCUCUCCAGGCGGCUCUCACCUGAGCUCGGGAUACGACGACCGCAACUCGAUGUCGGUCGAUCACGGUAGCUCGGUCCGCGGGACUAUCCGGCACGAGGUCGUCACUCCGUCUCACGAGACCGAGAUGGAGGCUGCGGAUUUUAGCAUCGACAAUAUCCACUUCCCAACCGAGUCGGAUAUCGCCCGUACUGAAGCCUCGUCGGACCCGUCCGAGCUCGACCCAUCUACCGCCGUCAUCGCUACCGCUUCUCGCAUCUCGGCUCGCCAUACCCUCGACUCGCCCAUCAGCGGUUGCGGGUCUGGAUUCGCCGACUCGCCCCAGUCGGACUAUACCGAGCGGAUGCCGCACUCGCCCGUCAGCCAGGCGCAGUCUCGGCUCGUCAAUCUCGGGAACCAGCGCAAGGUGGUUGUCAGGCCGUUGAGUGCUGGGCGGAGGGAGGAGAGUCAGACAGCCGUACUCGACUCGGAAUCGGAGAAUGGGACUCGGGUCAGUUACUACGAGUAUCCGGACGAGGAUGCGCUCGAAGGAGAAGCGGAUCCAUCCAGCCCCAGCGGUGGUAGUGGGGAGACUACACCCCAGGCUCGCCCCAGGCGUGUCAGCGUUAUCCGCUCGUCCGCCCACCCUGGAAACGACUCGGUCCCACCCUUGCCCACCGGAGUCUCCGUCGCCAGCAUGCGCUCCAACGCUAGCAGCAAGAAGGGCAAGCACCGUGCGCGCAACUCGUCGGUCUCGUCUCGCCAUAUCGACCGGUCUCGGUCGCCUACGCCGCCGAUGCCCGAGUCGUUCCCCUCCUUGCCGGCUCUCCCCACCGGCCGCUCGCUCGCAUCCGCCAAGUCAUUUAAAUCCGUCAUUGCCCCCAACUCCAACCGCUCAUCUACCAACACGAGCUCGUCUACCUCUUCCUCCCGGCUUCCCCCGCAGACCCGGGUGCUUCUUGGCGUCAAUGAGCCAUUCCAUUUUUACCCACCCCUCCUCCUCGCCUCACCUACCGGUCUGUCGUCCACGACCGCCUACACGCUGAACACGACCUACACCUCUUCCGACGGCAAGCCUUUGACGCCCGAAGGAGCGCGGUAUGAGGUGUAUGAGGAGAAGCGGGGGACUGGCGAUGUCAUCAGGCUCGAGUCUAUGCCCGAAUGGCUGCACUGGGAGGAUAUGGAGCUGUGGGGUGUGCCUGGACAGGAGGUCAAGGGCAGGUGGGAUGUACGGGUUGUCGAGAUCAAGGACGGGGCAGAGAGGGUCGUAGGCCGUUUCGCACUGGAGGUUGUUGGGCGGUAA